UUGCUAGAGAUAAUGAAGAAGCAUUUGAUGAUAAGGAAGAUGAAGAAGUAUUUAAUAAUAAUAAGGAGAUAAUAAUCGAUGAUGAGAUAUUUGAAAAAAUAACCGAUAAUGAGAUGUUUGAUGAAGAAAUAAUCAAUAGUAACAUGUUUAAUAAAGAAAUGGUUGAUGAUGGGUAUCUAAAAAUUUUUAUGAAAUAG